AUGGAGAAACAGAAAGAAAUUCUUAAAUUAUAUCAUGAUAAUCAUGAUAAGUAAAUAGAAGAAGUCCUUAAGGCUGAUCUAAACAUACCUAUACAUAAAUUUCAAACCCAAAAAUAAUUUACAGGUAAUUGGUAAUAUAGUGAUAAGAAAUCCAAAAGUUUUACAUUUGGCUUGUCUCCACAACAAUAUAAAACUAAUUGAACUCACAUUGACUUAUUGUAGAAAUUCUAAUCUAAUAAAUUAAACUCAAAUGAUCGAAUUCAUUAAUUUAUAGAAUAAGGAUGGAUUUACUCCUUUACAUAUGGCAUCCUUUAAAGGAAAUCUAGUAUAUAUAUUAAGAGAAUAUCUUUAGGAAAUCAUAAAGUUAUUACUUUAAAUUGGAGCUAAUUCAAAUAUUAAGAAUACUGUUGGAUUGUCUGUUCUACAUAUGUCUGUUUAAGGAGAUCAUGUGAAAGCUAGUGUAUAAUCUAUUAAUAUUUAGUUAUUUUGGAUUAAUCAAAAUAUUCCAAUUGAUAUAUUAGAUUAUAAUCAUUAAACUCCUUUGAUUUGUGCUUCCUUUUUAGGUUCUUAAUAAAUGGUUAAUUUUCUAAUUCCUUGGGGUGCAAAAUUGAAUGCUCAGACAAAAGAUAAAGGUCAUACUGCUUUACAUGUAGCAACCUAAUAAGGACAUUCUAGAAUUGUGAGAAAAUUAUUAAUCAAAGGAAUAGAUAGAAAAAUUAAAGAUAAGAAUGGAAAAACUGCACUUGAUUUAGCUAUAGAAUCUAAAUUUAAAUCUAUUUAAACAAUGAUAGUAAACUAUUAUAACAAAAUUAUAGGAAAAUAAAAUGGGUAUAGCUGAAAGAUGUGGUUUGAGAUAGCCAGAUUCAAAAGUUGAAAAAAACUACACAUCUAUGACUAUAUAUCUAUCUCUAUAUUGCAGUUCAUUUCUUAUGACUAUUUCAUUUACUUUACCUAGUAUCAUAUAUCUAAUAAUUAUAACAAGAUUUAGAAUCCUUUUAAGCUUUGUACAUCACUGCAUGUAGUAUAACUCUUCUAUUAACUUGGGUUCUUGUUAAAAGAAAUCCAGGCUUUGUACCACACUCAAAUAAAACCUUAAUGGUAGGGUGAUUUAACAUUUAUAAGGAUCUAUUAGAUGUUUAUUCAGUAGAUUAAAUCUGCCCAGAUUGUUCAGAUGUAAAACCACCUAGAUCAAGACAUUGUGAAAUAUGUUUGAAGUGCGUUUAUAAAUAUGACCAUCAUUGUCCUUGGCUAUCUAAUUGUAUAGGAGAAAAGAAUCAGUAUAUCUUUUUAGCAUUUCUAUUUUCAUUAAUUAUCAGUAUGGUUUUUUAGAUAGUAGUCUAAUGUUAAAGUAAAAAUAAGUAAAAUUAAAUUAGUUUUGAAUUUGUAAAAAGAGUAGGAAUAAAUUGAAUUAGGUUAUGUGCUUUAAUGGAUUACAUUUUAUUAUACUAUGAUUUUUGGUUGCUUAUUUAUUUUGCCUGUGAUGUAAUAAAUUAUUUGAUUUAGGUUAUUAUUUACAAUACAAAUUUAUAAUUUAAUUAAAGGACAAACAACUUAUGAAAGAUAUUUAGAAAGAUAAGGAAUAAAUAGAAUUUAAUCAAGAAAGGCUAGUGCAGAAUAGUAAUUAAAAUUAAUAAAGAGUGCUGCUAGCACAGAGACAAAUGAAAGUGAGUUUAAAUUUACAAUAAAAAGUUAAAAGAAACCUUUGCUUAAGGAAACUGAAUUAAUUGUAUGA